ACCCAUUCCAUCUCGCAAUCAGUCUCAUACCGCACUCGAUCGAACCCACACAUUUCUGGCAGGAAAACCCACAAUCCUUUGUCUUGACCAUCUUGCACAGAACUCGACGGCACCUACGAGUACACUCUCCCUCCCCACCACCCCAUCACCCGUCAAAUUCCGAGGGCUACCCUUUUCGAUCAUUCCAGCGGCCCCUUGACGAAUUCCUUCGCCUUGCACUCCAUUACUCCUGACGUCUGUCGGCGGUCGAACAAGAUACGAUGCUGGAAAGGAGGAUCAGGUUUGUGUUUGGCUUUGAGAGUACGUUGCAACAUUGCCUAUUGCGCUUCUGCUCUGCCGGAAGAACUGCAUUCCGAUCGCCGGUUGGAGAAGGCUUUACGCUAACCUUUGUCCAGGGCUCGUUCCUUUCCUCGCAUACCACCAUGUUCUCAUGGUACUCAUCUUGAUUGCUAUAAUACUACUGUGUAAGUCGCAAAAUGUCCGAUAGCAGACACCUUUCGGAACCAGGGCACAGCUCUUCGCAACGGAACCGGUUAACUGACGUGCGUGCAGCAUUAUUACUGGCAGGAUGCUCCUCCUCGAGUCCAUUAAUCCCCUCGAUAUUUCUGAUAAACAUGUGGUAUGACAAGACGGCACCCGAAUUCGAUCCAGCGCAAGUCGAUCCAGGCGCCACCCGUGCCAUUGGGAAUAUCGUCGGUGAUGCAGCGCUAGAGGCUCGGGUAGGGUGAGUAUCGGACCCUUCCGGGAGCUUGCAGCAGCGGCUAAUUUUCGGCACUAGAUAUUUCGGUAUCUGCAUUAAUCCCGACGGUGGAUCCUGGUUGUGCAGUGCAAAUGCGUCUUCUCUUGCCGCUCAGGUUUCCGUGGACCAAGAUCCUUUGAAUCUCAUCUGGGUAGCCCAGACUUUCCGGGAAAGCAUUGUCUUCCCCUACCUCUUGUAAAUUGCCCGCCUACGUACGGAAGAGGCGUGUAUAUAUAUACUAAUCGACUAACAGGAUCAUUGCUAUCAUUCUUGCUGCCGUUACCUUACUCCUGCUGGCUACGUUCCCCGGCUAUGAGGAGGAAUACGAAGGAGGGCCCGAAAGGAGACGUCUUCCCAGUCGCGCAGUCUCCCAGAUUGCGCUCGCGGUUAUCUUUGUUGCCGCCAUCUUCGUCCUCGUAUCCGUCUUAUGGCAACACACGGCAAGUGUAGCUGCGGCGACGAUAGCAGAAAAUCUAGAAAACGGUUCGGUAUCAACGGGGGUCGGAGUAACAGCAAUGGUAUUAGGUUGGUUUGGAUUCGCGCUACUAAUCGUCGUAACCAUCGGUUUACUUGUUAUGUCAGUCCUCCCCCCUUACCCUUUUGCCCCUAGCGCAAGCACUGACCCUACUGCAGGAUUCUGUCGAUGCACUUGGUCGAGAAACUCACGGAUGCCGAUGAGUUAUAGUCGACAACUUCCUGAACGGCAGCGGGUGGAGCCUAUUUUCUUGGGCCCGAACGAUAGGUGAUUUAUGCAUUCAAUCAUGAGCCCAGGAAAAUGGUCUGGAGAGUGACAGCACUUUGGGUCAAAUAUCAAAGAUGCAAAAGUAACAAAAUCGAAAAUUGGCCAAAGUGGUGGAAAACGACGCAUCAUACGAUUUUCACGAAUAAUGUUUUCAGCGAGCAUAUAAUCCCCCCCCCCUUUUUUUUUUCCUCCUCCUUUACUUCGUUCAUAAAAGCCCAUCAAUCGGGUUAACUUGGGUGGCUUCCUUCGAUUCAAUCUCUCUUCCAGACCGGGCGUGAGGAGAGUGAAAUGAUGUGAUUUAUCUUGCGUUUUAAUUUCUCUUUCGAUCUCCUUUCUACUCUUCGUGUAACGAUACCCUACUUUUUACGUUCUCCUUUUUUCCUCCGGCCCUCCCCCGGAUUUCUUUUUCUCCUCCCUUUUUAUGACAAUGGGUGAAAUACGAGGCUUGGUUGAAUGAUAAGUCUGGAAAGGGUGGCGAGAGCGGAUGUCAUUGUUUUCUUCGCUUUUUCCUUGCGUCACGGGUCAAACUUGGGAAUGGACCGGUAUUUUCUAUGCAUUUUAUUUCCACGUGUAUCAUGUCGUGUAUUUAGUCAAUGGGUUUGGAAUAGAAUGAGGCGGGGAAAGUGUACCAUGCCG